AUGAAAUCAUUGAACUUAAAACAAUCACAAAAUGAAGUAACUAAAUUUAAUAGAUUUAAAGAAGAAGAAAGUCCAACAUUAAUUCAAAAUGUUCAAACAAAUUUAGCAGAAGAAGUAAGCAAAGUUGCUGAACAAUUUAAAAAUCAAAAUAAAAGUACUACUGAAGGAGAAGAAGGUGUGUAUUCAUUUGGAUUUGAUGAAAAACAAUUAAAUAUGUUAAGUGAGUCAGAAGAAAUAGUAGAUCAACGAGUUGAGGAAAUAAAAAAAAAAUAA